CGCGCCCGCCGGGCGAGGGCCGGUGACGUCGAGCACGGGAACGCGCGCGCGCCCCCAGGGCUCGCUUCCCUGCUCCUGCUCCUGCUCCUCCUCCUCCCCACCCACCCCCCCCCCGCCGGUGCCGAGGUCGGGUCCGAGUCUGGCUGCUGAGGCCCUAGGAGGAGCCCUGAGGAGUGCAUUGGCCACCUCUGCAGCGCUGCCCUCUUCCACCUUGGCAUGUGUUGGGCAGCAUCUUGCAGCUCCCAAAGGGAUGGAGCCCUGCCCCCAAAGGCAGGGGUGUGGGUCCCUGAGGCCCUGGGAUUCCACCUGCUAGCCUGGCCUUUCCUCCCUUUCCGAUUCAGUCUGCCUAAGGAGAUGGAAGAAAAAGAGAGAUGUGAGCAAGCCCCCUCGGCAGGCUUCAAUUAAAGUUCACUCAUUCUCAGAAGUCCGGAAGAAAGGGACGAUGGUCUUGGGUUUUUGCUCUUUUUUUGGGUACCCAGCACUUUAGCAGCAGAGAUGAGCAAAUAAACUGAGGCUUAAAGAAUUUUCCUACUGAAAACAGGCUUUUGGGGGGAGGUUUUUGUUCCUGCUGCUGUUGCUAGCCUCUACCCUGAGGGAGAAUCAUGGCCCCCUAGAGACUGAGGUGAACCCCACAACCCCAGGCCCAGGAGGCUGCAUUCUUCCUCGGAGGGGAAGGGUGGGGAGCUUCUGAGGCCACCUCUUUAGGGAAAAUUAAAAACAUGAGGUGCAUGCCAUGGAGAGGUGACAAGACCAAAUCAGAAUCGCUGGAGUUGCCAGCCAGCACCCCUCAGAUCUACCAUGAGAAGCAGCGGCGGGAGCUGUGUGCCCUCCAUGCGCUCAACAACGUCUUCCAAGACAGCAAUGCUUUCACUCGGGAAACACUACAGGAGAUUUUUCAGAGGCUGUCUCCAAACACCAUGGUGACACCCCACAAGAAGAGCAUGCUGGGAAAUGGGAACUAUGAUGUGAAUGUGAUCAUGGCAGCUCUGCAGACCAAAGGCUAUGAAGCAGUUUGGUGGGACAAGCGAAGGGACGUCAGUGUCAUUGCCCUCUCCAACGUCAUGGGCUUCAUCAUGAAUCUCCCCUCCAGCCUCUGCUGGGGACCGCUGAAGCUUCCACUCAAAAGGCAGCAUUGGAUCUGCGUCCGGGAGGUGGGAGGCACCUACUACAACCUUGACUCCAAGCUCAAGGUGCCCGAGUGGAUUGGAGGCGAGAGUGAGCUCAGGAAAUUUUUGAAACAUCAGCUCCAAGGAAAGAAUUGUGAGCUGCUGCUCGUCGUGCCAGAGGAGGUGGAGGCCCACCAGAGUUGGAGGGCAGAUGUAUAAUCCAGCUCUGCCCUUCUUUCCCUCUCCUCCUCCCACCUUGCCUUCCCCCUCCUCCCCAGGCCUUCCUUGUGUCGCGGCCUGUGUCACCACAGGUUUCUCUCUCUCUCUCUUCUGCCCCCACAUCUUGGUGGGUUUGUUCUUCCAGACUUGACAACGCGAUAAGUCAGCUGGGGGGAUGACCACUUGUUCCUGGAGAAGGAAGGGAGGAUGUGGUCCAAGUCCCCUCAGGCUUGCUCUCAGAGCAGAGGAGAAAGGGUAGUCCUAAGAUGACUCUCCUUCCUUGUGGAGGUCACACAUUGGACUGGACACAACCGUUGCUGGAGUUAACCACCCCGCUGCCCCUGAUUUGGAGAUGCUGCCUCCACUUUCCCUUUCCUGUCAAACUAAUGGGUCUGAAGAUACUCUGAAGCCCAGGUGACUGGCUUGGAGGGCCUAAAGUAUAGGGGUCUCUCAGGAAAUCAUCUCCAUCACCUUACUUAGCAAUGGUACAGCAUGCUGAAGGAUUCCAACCCUCUGCCCACCUUCGCUGAGAGUUUAUCUCUAAAGCAAAGUGUUUUCAAAAGGAAAGUUUCUUGAAAUUGGGUGUGGGUUGAAUUCUGCCAUGUUUAGGAGGGGUUAAGGGUGGAGUAGCUACACAUACACUAAGUGAGGGUGUGACCUGACCUUGGGGGGCUUCUUUUAGGAAGUCCCCACCCUUUCACUACAUUGAGUAGGAGUUUCAGGGGGAGGGAAGUGGACGUGUUCAACUUUAUCCCCAAAUGAGAGUAGGUUGAGAACAGACUUUUAUAAAGGACUGGAAUAGCAUGGAAGGUGUCGGGAGCCGGCAGAAGGACUAGGAGCGGAGGCAGCUCCAAGAGCCAGAGCCCUCAAACUGGGCGGCGCAAGCUUCAUGGGAUGUGGCCUUUGACAAGUUAGCUCAGGAAUGACCUUUAGCCGUCAGCUGACGGUCUUUUUCAGGUGGCCACUUUAUAACUCUGGAAGAUGAAAGAGCAGAAGGCAGGUGAUGGUCAUCAGGCUCCCCUGACCACAGGCAUCCAAGCACAGUUGUGGCUACCUUAGAAAUGAAAGCACAGGAGCGGCCUGUUUGGCUGUUACUGGUGAUGGUGCUGGCAGGUGAGAGUGCCAGCCACACUGGGCAGACUUCUCUCCAGCAGCAGAACUAGGACCAUAAGCGAGCAGGCCCGCUUGGCCUGAGCCAUCAGUAGCUUUCUCCCACCUGUGACUGGAGCGCAUGUUUACACCAGCACUCUUCUGCACACUUACCUACAAUCCAACAAGGCCAUUUUUUAUGCUGAACGAUGGCGGCCAGAAAGCAGUUCCUGCAUCGUACCCUCCCAGCACCUGGCCGCAACGUCUCCUGCACCGUUUCCCACACUCGACCUGCUGCUUGGCCCCUCAAGGAGCUCUUUACCCCUGCACGAUGACAUUCCAUUCACCACCACCAGCCAGAUCCAGCCAACUUUGGUGGGCCUGUAGGAGGAGCUCUGUCCAUGACAGCCAGCCAUUUUCUGGGAAGGAACUUGCUUAGAUUCACGAGGAUGGCACAAGAGGCCUCAUGCACAUGGAGUACACAAGCCAAUGGAAUAUGCAAAGACGCUUUACAAACAUUUCAGGGCUGGUUUCUCUGUUCAUAUCCAACUCUGGUGCUCAGGAACAGGGACCCAUGCUGAUGCCCAAGGGCAUGGAGACCCCUAUCCCUACAAGGAAGGGGGUCCCCCAGCCCUAUUGCCCAUCAGUGGGCAACCCUAGGCUGUUUAUUUUUCUUGCUUCCCUUCCUCCCUUUUGUUGGCCUUGUGCUGGGUUUGUUUACAGAGGAUGUAUUUUGUUUAAACCAAAUAUUAAAAAAAAUGGAAUUUCUCCAUAUAUAAAUCCCAUUACUCGUCUGUCUGCCUGAGUUCUGUAAUUAAGUAUGUAAAAGGAAAAAAAAUAAAUCCUUUUCUUUA